CUGAUAAUGGCUUUAUUAGGGCGUGAAGUCUAUGACUGAAAGGAAACAAAAGAUCUUUAUUUCACUUGAUUUACACAUGCGAAUCUAUGUCAUUAAAAGGCAUACAGAAAUGAUUACUGAUAUAUGAACGCAAUCAUAUGUGACCUAUAAAAUUACGCUGUGCGGAUAGAAAUCUACAAAAAAUAAACUAAUAAUACACUGUGUUAAAUAACAAUACGCGUGUUAUGUAAUUGUUGCAAUCGACAUGGCGGCCCAUGGAUCAGUACCAUAAACAGUGAAACUGAUACUGGAAGCGGAAGCCGGGUACAAGGCGCUUGAUGGCGCGCGCGAUUCAGCCCGGGUCAACAGCAGAUGUGUCCAGCGUCGCCACCUCAGCGUCAGAUGGACAGGAGUAUACGCAAGACGAAGGCAGGGGUGUGAUAACUCGCGUUUUCCCGCCGCUUCCCAUGUGCAUGGCUGUUGUUUGCUGCGUGUUAAACUUCCUGCUACCCGGUCUAGGGUCGAUGUUAGCAAGCGUCUGUGGGUUAUGUCUUGCGCCGCCGAAUGACAUGACGCGCAAUGACAAGUUCCGGGCGUGCUGCGAGGGCUGUUCCAUCGGACUCCUGCAGUUUAUGCUGAUUCCUAUAUUCUUCGUCGGCUGGUUCCUGAGCUGCAUGGCUGGGCUGGGAUUCAUCCAGGACUCGCAUAAAUUCUACAAAAUGCUGACCCAAGGUCCUGAAGCAACGGAGCAUGUUUCGGAAAGAUCUGAAAUGACCGAUCCCGAUAAUCGGAUACGAAGCAGGGGCGCCGCUCUACAUCUCGCAAACGCUCGCGUCGUUUCUGUUCAACCCGCCGCCUCGAUGGUGCAGUUGUUGCGACUUCCGUCCUACAGCGAGCGUAGCGCGACACCACCUCCUUACAGCGAGGACACCACCCCAGGGGCAUCCAAUACUCUAAGUCAAAAUCAUCAACGUCAAUCGAGUACUAAUGGGAGAGCUUAUUCCUUCGUAACGCUGAUAUCGGUCGUGCCUGCGGAAGGGGCGCUUGUCGUCCCCGUCCGCUCCCCGCCGCCUCCCUAUAGCGAGAUCGACAUGCUCUGAUGAAGGAUCCGCGUGUGUGGUUGAACUCGUGGUUUUUCUAGUCAUUUUUUUAAUGUAUCGGCCUCUCGCAUAUGGCUCUGACCCCGAGCAUACUGAAAGGUUACUAUUUGUUGGUAAUCGAGUAUAUUACCGUAUACAGGAAACGCCCCGUUCCAAACGCUUACAUGGGUAUUAUAUUUAGUUCUCAAUGUGAAUAGCCAUCUACAGUGCAAGUUGCAAAGCACAUUCUAUGAGAGGCUAGUGAUAUGGUAGAUCAUUGUGUAGCAAGCUCAUACCAGCGACCUAUUGGUUGUGAAGUUUGUUACUUAUACACCAUUAUUAGGGAAGCGGCCUUAUAUGUGACAUACGCACAAUAUAGCGAUUAUAUGUAACAUAUGUGACCUCUUCGCUACCUACAAUAUAGCGAUUAGUGCUUAAUAGCUGCCAUGGUAGUGUUGGUCUUUUGGAUUAAAUAACUCUUAAUCUCACGGUCAGAGAGUAAACAUUGCUCGAUUCUGUAGCAUUAAAAAGCAUUAAAAAACAAAAUUAUAAUGCGACACAACAAUUCCUCUGGAAUAUUGUUUUCAAGAAUUUGAACGUGUUAACUUGUUAUUUAUGUACAUGUGCCAGUUUGAUGUAAUUGGUUAAUAGCCAGUUAUUAUUUGUCAUUCUGCAUAUACAAACAUAGUUAUAUAUUUUUACAUUGUUGAGUCUUCAAAAUUUUCUUUUUGUCAGAUAUAUACGCAAGGCAAAAAUCUAGUGUAGCGAAAAUCUCUACACUACCUAACGAAACCGACCCGACUUCAUACUACCUUAUGCAACUGACUUCAAAGGAACCGAUACUAUCGCUCGAUUGGUCAUUGUCGGCUCGGGUACUACUUACAUGUACCCCGGGUACUCUUAAGUAUACUUACAUGUACCCCGGGUACGGUAAAUAUACGUAAUCGUACCCGGUCGAUAUUAGACUGUACCCGAGUUGUAUUCCCGCCCGAAAUCCGAUAUCGUAAAACGCGCUACCGAUUAUCUUCAACAAACUUCUCUUUAAAAAAACUGCAUCAACAUGCUUUUUGAGUUUGAGUUUCGAUAAUAUAGAGGCCAUUUUACAGAAAAUUGGCAUAAAUGCGAAUAUAAUUAAUAAAAAAAGUAGCCGACAACGACUGAUAAAGCGUUAAAUU